AAAGGCUUCAGACAUGGCAGACCGACACCCAACGUCGCCACGAGCCAUGUUCAGCCCGCGGAAGGCGCUUGCGCGGCUGCAGGUGCAACCCGCACCGUCGUCUGCGCUCGGAGCACUCGCCGAGUCGGAGAAGGACGCGGUCAUUAUCUACUUGCUCCAGAAGGUCCGCGACCAGCAGGCAAUGCAAGACGCCACCAUCAAGUUUGGCGAGCAGGUCGCGGCCCAACUCGUACUCGAGCAGCAUCGAGCGGCUGAAGCCCACGAAGCGACCGUCCGAGAGCUCCAGGACCAGCUACAUGCCGCCGUGCACGACCACCCCGAGGUCCGUCGACUGCAAAGCGCGGUGGCCGACCUCCAAAUCGCGCUCGACACGGAGCGUCAAAAUGUCCUCUCGGCGAUCCAAAAGUGCCGGCGCAGCCGAGAGCGCGAGAAGCAGCUCAAAAUGACCAUCGAUCCGCUGUGGGGGUGAGCCGUCGCGAUUGCUUUUUAACACAGAGCGUUCAUAAAUAUCUAAAUAUCAAAUGCUGUUUAUCUUUGA